GAGCGUCACACAGACAGCAGCAGAACCGGUUCGGCCACUAGAUGGCGUCAGAGUGCUGGAUUUAACACGAGUGCUGGCCGGUCCGUUCGCCUCCAUGAUUCUAGCAGACCUCGGAGCAGAAGUCAUCAAGGUGGAGAAACCAGGUGCAGGUGAUGACACCAGAGCUUGGGGUCCUCCGUUUGUCGGCACAGAGAGCGCCUACUUCCUCAGCGUCAACCGCAACAAGAAGAGCAUCGCUGUGAACAUGAAGCAUCCUGCAGGAGCCAAGAUCAUCCUGGAGCUGGCAGGAGUGUGUGACGUGCUGAUAGAAAACUACCUUCCAGGGAAACUCCAGCAGAUGGGUUUAGGAUACGAGCAGCUGAGCAGAGCCAACCAGCAGCUCAUCUACUGCUCCAUAUCAGGUUAUGGACAGACCGGCCCUCAGUCUCAGAGUCCAGGCUACGACUCCAUCGCCUCGGCGGUGUCAGGCAUGAUGCACAUCACCGGGCCCGAGGACGGAGAGCCGGUGAGGCCGGGAGUCGCUAUGACAGACCUGGCGACGGGGCUGUACGCACACGGAGCCGUCAUGGCCGCUCUGCUGCAACGACACAAGACAGGAAGAGGAGUUUAUAUCGACUGCAACCUGCUGUCCUCACAGGUUUCCUGUCUCACUCACAUCGGCAACUAUCUGAAUGCAGAGGAGGCGAGGCGCUGGGGAACGGCCCACGAGAGCAUCGUACCUUACCAGCUCCUGGCCGGAGCUCCGUGUGGACUGCGUUACCCACAUUCCCUGAGGCUGAGGAUCAAAGAGAGGUGGUGGUCAGAGCGGAGCAGUGAGCGCAGUGUGACUAAAGGGUUAGUGGUCUGA